CGCUAACUACCUACCGACGUGGUUUCCGAUUUACCAAUGAUCUUAGGGCCAAAAGGGCGUUACUUGACAACCCCCCUUGUCGGAAGAACCAGAGUUCCGUCAUCGGCAUCAUGGCUGUAAGAGUGCUGGAGCGUUACCCGACCGGGUUUUCAGACAUGGCCACGGCUGCACCGCUGCUCGGACUUGUAUGCAUCUGGCCGCAAUUCCGUCCAGAAAUAAGUAAGAAGGUCCUAUGCCUUCACUCCACGCUCAGCGAUCAUGACGUUCGUGUCGGUGGAGGGCAGAGCCGCACGGAGGAGGGCAGGGAGGAGGUGCCUCACGUCGCCAGGGCGGGAGACUCCUGGUGGGGUUUGCGGAGAGGAAGGGGAGAACCAGGAGUGUGGCAUCGUGGACUCGGUUCUUUUGCGGUUUCUUUUGAGGAGAGUGGGGAGGAGGUGAAUAGGGAGCAGAGAGGAGGACAGCAGAGGGCGUUCGCGAUGACGUCGUUCACGGGAACUCAGGAGCGGUGCAAAAGAUGCAGUAAGAUUGUGUAUUUUAUUGAACAGCUCCUGAUUGAUGAGCAGGUGUUUCAUAGGUCUUGUUUCAGAUGUCAUCAUUGCAAAAGGACCCUGAAGCUGGGAAGUUACGCCUCCCUGCAGGGCGUUCUCUAUUGCAAGCCUCAUUUUGACCAACUAUUCAAAAUGAAGGGGAGUUUCACCGAAUGUUUCCAUCUUCCUGAAGGCGUGAAGAGCCCUGUAUCGGAAGUCGACCCGCUUCGACGCUCCACUGGAGACCUGAAGCCGUCCAAGUUUUCCCAUUUCUUCUCUGGAACGCAGGACAAGUGCAAGGCUUGCAACAAGACAGUGUAUCCUCUAGAGAAGGUGAGAGUGGACGAAGUGGACUAUCACAAGAGAUGUUUCCGUUGUGCUCAUGGUGGCUGCACGAUCACGCCUUCCAAUUACACGGCAUUUGAGGGGCGGUUAUAUUGCAUGCAUCACAUGACACAGCUCUUCAAGGAGAAGGGAACGUACUGUUUGCUCAAGGAGAAACCACCUACUGGCUCGCCAAGGGGUACCGGAAGUGCUAGACCUUCUCCAAGGCCCAUCUCCAGUGCCAACAAUGGCGACAAGGGCGAGUCAACGUAAAGUCGGACUGUCGACAGUGCCAAACGAGAACCCGAGGCACCGAUUCCCGAUCGCGUUGUCUUCUUUUCAAACCACUAACUCCCUCCUGAUUAUCCUACCUGCCUACCAAUUGACGGUCAUGUUCCUGUCCCAUCACUUUGGGGACACUGCUUGUUGUACUUCCAUUCCACUUCUGUCUCCUUUGCCUGAAUUUUUUUGAAGUCCCAGACUGCUGUUGCCUCUCUUGUACCAGUUUGAAAUCCUCCCUCUAAAUCCAUCCUCCAACCUAACUGGCAAAUAGAAGAUACGAUAGAAGUGUCCUAUCGGUGUCCUAUAUUGAUGAGCAGGUGCUCUCUGGUUAGUAUGUGUUGCUAGUGAUGGGAUCAGCUUGAAAUAGCAGCACUGAUUGCAAUAAUGGUGGUCGGCUCGGGGAUUGAGAUAAUAACCGACUGAUUGCCAACAGAACUGAAUCCUAAGAGGGCAGAACGGGAAAAGAAUGUGCAUAGAAACGGGACUGGAACGUCAUGAUUAUAAUGGUGACGCUAUGGGGCAUGAUGAACAAAAUCAUGAUAAUGAGACGAUCCUAACAAUCAACAAAAUUCAUACGGACGA